AUGUCUUCCAGUAAGCGAAAAAAUAAAACCACCCUUAAUAAUAAACAAAGAAAGGAUGUUAUUGAUCAUAAAAAUAAAAAUCCUAAUAUCAGCAAUGUUGAUCUUGCUGAGUGGGUAAAGAAAGAAUUUAACCUUGAGGUUCAUCCAACCACCAUUGGGCGUUUAAUAAAAAAUAAAGAUGAUGUUGGAAAUAACCUCUCUACAAAAAGACAAAGAACGGUUCAAUAUCCGGAUCUCGAGAAUACAUUGUAUGAAUGGAUUUUGCAAAACCAAGACCAAAUCAUUUUAAGUGAUUCCAUCUUAAUUGAAAAAGCAAAAAAAUUUGCUAAAUUAUUAAAAAUACCAGAUGGUGAUCUUAAAUUUUCACAUGGAUGGUUAUAUAAAUUUAAAAUAAGACACGAGUUAGGGCAAAUAAAAAAGCACGGCGAAGACGCUUCGGUAGAUGAUGAUAUUGUUGCAGAUGCUAUACCUAAAUUAAGAGAAGUAAAAAAAAAGAUAAAGAAAGGUUAA